GUAUACGGACGUUUUAGGAAUGAGCAUUCGAGUUUCUAGGAAUAUGCCUCGUGGAUUGGAUUUCCGAUUUUAAAAAUGGGGCAGAGAUGUUUUUUCUUCUAAACAAAUCUCUGGAAACUGCUGAUGACUUUCCGGUACCGCCAGGAACCUUCCGUCCGUCUUGUGCUUCCGAGGCUUCCAUUGGGUGCCGGAGUGCUCGCCCCUCUAACUUCGUGCCGGGAUUGGCUGCCUGAUUCCUGUCCUUGGCGGGUGAUUGGCUGGCUGGUCUCGCUCGGCGAUUGGGCGCAGGGGGCCGAGGGGGCGGGAGGCGGGAAUUCAUCCGGAGCUGUGCUGAGGAGGGAGCUGAGCUUUCUAGAAAGAAGAGGGAGACCAAGCUCGCGCGCCGCGACCCCGGAAGGAACGCUGAGCGCCUGCUGGCUUGGACCCCUUCCUCUGCCAAGCGCCCGCUGUCUUUGCUGUCAGAAAUUGGUUUCCUUUUGUCUGGUGACUUGGAGCCGAGUCAGCUUGCUUCGGCUUUGCCCGGACAGGCAACAAUCUGAAGUAAAUAAGAGAGCACCAUGUCUUCAGUGUGGUCUGAAUAUACCAUUGGAGGGGUGAAGAUUAACUUUCCUUGUAAAGCUUACCCCUCACAGCUUGCUAUGAUGAAUUCUAUUGUGAGAGGAUUAAACAGUAAACAACAUUGCUUGUUGGAGAGCCCAACAGGAAGUGGAAAAAGCUUGGCAUUACUUUGUUCUGCUUUGGCAUGGCAGCAGUCUCUUAUUAAUGGGAAGCCAGUGGAUGAGGGCUUAAAUAAAAAAGCUGAAGAAUCAGCAUCCUGUUCUUGUGUCUGCCACUUGAAUAAUUUUACAAACAAUGACACGGACCAACGAACAUCACAUCAUUUCAAUAGUCCAAGCAAGCUGCCUUCUGAGAGAAAUGAAGUUUUAUCAAGUUAUCAAGCCUCUCCUGAAAAAAACACUCUGGCUGCAAAGCUAUCUGCCAAGAAACAGGCAAGCAAAUCCAGAGAUGAAAAUGAUGAUUUUCAAGUAGAGAAGAAAAGAAUUCGACCAUUAGAAACUGCACAGCAGAUGAGAAAACGUCAUUGUUUUGAAAGGGAAGAAAGUCACAUGAAUACAAAUGGUUCAGGAGAUGCCAUAAAGCUCGACUCUCCAAGAAAGAUAAACUCUUUUUCUCCACAAAAACCCCCUAGCCACUGUUCUAGAUGCUGCUGUUCUACUAAACAAGGAAGCAGUCAAGAAUCUGCAAAUACAAUCAAGAAGGAUCCAGGGGGGAAAUUCAAGAUACCCAAAAUAUAUUUUGGAACACGCACACACAAGCAGAUUGCUCAGAUUACUAGAGAGCUCCGGAGGACAGCGUACUCGGGGGUCCCGAUGACUAUUCUCUCCAGCAGGGAUCAUACUUGUGUCCAUCCUGAAGUAGUUGGUAACUUCAAUAGGAAAGAAAAGUGCAUGGAACUGUUGGAUGGAAAAAAUGGAAAGUCGUGCUAUUUCUAUCAUGGUGUUCACAAAAUCAGCGAUCAGCACACAUUGCAGGCACUCCAAGGAAUGUGCAAAGCUUGGGAAAUAGAAGACCUCGUUAGCCUGGGGAAAAAACUAAAGGCAUGUCCGUAUUACACAGCUCGAGAGCUAGUAGAAGGUGCCGAUAUAGUGUUUUGUCCCUACAACUAUCUUCUAGAUGCACAAAUAAGGGAAAGUAUGGAUAUAAAUCUGAAGGAACAGGUUGUCAUUUUAGAUGAAGCUCACAACAUUGAGGACUGUGCUCGGGAAUCAGCCAGCUACAGCGUGACGGAAGUUCAGCUUCGGUUUGCUAGAGAUGAACUAGAUAGUUUGGUCGGCAGUAAUAUAAGGAAGAAGGACCAUGAACCUCUACGAGCUGUUUGCUACAGCCUCAUUAAUUGGUUAGAGGCAAACACUGAACAUCUUGUAGAAAGAGAUUAUGAAUCUUCCUGUAAAAUAUGGAGUGGAAAUGAAAUGCUCUUAAAUUUUCAUAAGAUGGGCAUCACCACUGCUACUUUUCCCAUUUUACAGAGUCAUCUUUCUACGGUUCUUCAAAAAGAGGAAAAAAUCUCACAAAUUCAUGGAAAGGAAGAGACAGUAGAAGUACCUAUUAUUAGUGCUUCAACUCAAAUUAUGCUCAAAGGACUUUUUAUGGUGCUUGACUACCUUUUUCGUCAAAAUAGCAGAUUUGCAGAUGACUAUAAAAUUGCUCUUCAACAGACUUAUUCCUGGAUAAAUCAGACUGAUAUUUCAGAAAAAAAUGGCAUCUUGGCUCUACCAAAAAAUAAGAAACGUUCACGACAGAAAACUGCAGUCCAUGUGCUAAACUUCUGGUGCUUAAAUCCAGCUGUGGCCUUUUCAGAUAUUAAUGGCCAAGUUAGAACAAUUGUUUUGUCAUCUGGCACAUUAUCACCAAUGAAAUCUUUCUCAUCAGAGCUUGGCGUUACCUUUACUAUCCAACUGGAGGCCAAUCAUGUCAUUAAUAACUCACAGGUUUGGGUUGGCACUGUUGGCUCAGGCCCCAAUGGCCGGAAUCUCUGUGCUACCUUCCAGCAUACUGAGACGUUUGAGUUCCAGGAUGAAGUGGGAGCACUUGUGUUAUCUGUGUGCCAGACUGUGAGCCAAGGAAUUUUAUGUUUUUUGCCAUCUUACAAGCUUUUAGAGAAGUUAAAAGAUCGUUGGCUGUACACUGGUUUAUGGGAGAAUCUGGAGUUGGUGAAGACAGUGAUUGUAGAACCACAAGGAGGAGAGAAAACUGAUUUUGAUGAAUUACUGCAGGUGUAUUAUGAUGCAAUCAAGCACAAAGGCAACAAAGAUGGAGCCCUCUUGGUAGCAGUGUGUCGUGGUAAAGUGAGUGAGGGUCUGGAUUUCUCAGAUGACAACGCCCGUGCUGUCAUAACAAUAGGAAUUCCCUUUCCAAAUGUGAAAGACCUACAGGUUGAACUGAAGCGCAAGUACAAUGACCACCAUUCAAAAUUAAGAGGUCUCUUACCUGGACGACAGUGGUAUGAAAUUCAAGCAUACAGGGCCUUAAACCAGGCCCUUGGUAGGUGUAUCCGACACAGGAAUGACUGGGGAGCCCUUAUUCUAGUGGAUGAUCGCUUUGGAAACAACCCAAACCGCUACAUAUCUGGACUUUCUAAGUGGGUCAGACAACAGAUUCAACACCAUUCAACCUUUGAAAGUGCACUGGAGUCCCUGGCUCAGUUUUCCAAAAAGCACCAAAAAGGAACUGAUGUAACUGAAAAGCACCGAAAGUGUGUAAAGGACCAUGACUCCACUCUUGAAGAAGCCUGUUGGAGGGGCAGUACCCCAACGUACCUGCUGGAAGCGGCACAUUAUCUAUCACCAGAAAACCCGAAGGAAGAUGAAACAAAAAUGUCUAUCCAGGAACUACCAUGCCCCCAAACAACUGAAAGUGUCUCUCUACCAAGUAUCUCUGGAAAGCACGGAAAUGGUCCAGUAUUACCAGAAGAGCCCGCCCACACAAGGAAAAAGGAAAGGAUCAUCAUUUCCAGAUCUACAAGCCCAACUUUCAGCAAACAAACCAACAGAGGCAGCUGGUCUAACUUUAAUUCCUCGGGACAGUUUUUCACUGAUAAAACACAGAGCACAACUCCUGAACUCAAGUCACCAAAGAACUGUACUUCCGGGCCUACUUUCACAAGAGAGGAAGUGAAUAAUAAAACUCCUUUGCCACUCACUGAUAAAUGUCUGACAGUGAAGACAUCACUUGAACCAUGUCCUCCAUCAGAAACCAUUAUGUCAUUAAUAAAGAUGGACAAUCAGUCCGAACUGCCCAGCUAUGAAGAAGCCCUGGACUCAGACACUGAGUCACCUGCAGAAAAGGAAGAACCUGUCCACUCGGCUUCAAGCAGACCUGUUGAGACAGACGUGGAAGAUGACUCCAUCUAUUUCACACCUGAACUGUACGAUCCUGUAGAUACAGAGGAAGACGACAGUGAACUUGUUGAAAGUGAUGAAGAUAGCACAUUGGCUAAUAAUUCAAAUUAGAUUCUGGCUGCAGACUUUUCUGAAAUUAAAACUAUGAAAGGAGUGGAUUCAGUUACACAAGGGAGAACAGGAUUG